UUGAUGGUUUUUACAUUUGCAAUCUUGUCAUAUCUCUAUACCUUUAUAUGUAAGCAAAGCAAACAUUUUAAAUAACUGUACUAAAUUAAGGACAAAUAUAAAAGUUUAAAUUUUAGGACGACACAUUUUUGUAUGUUCAAUGUUUACAACAUUCGAUGAUCGUCAUUGGAUAUAACACUCCUACGGAUUAUAUAUGUAAUCAGGGGAAAAACUUAUCACCUACAAGUACAACUUCCUAAUUUUUAGAGGCGAUUGAGUUUCGUCAGUACAUACAGAAACUAAAUUAUCAGUGAAUAUGGCAAACAGACAAAAGUUUCAAGAUGGAGCAAUUGUUAUGACAUCUUUAGAGCUGGAUGGGUUUGUUUUGUUUAUUUCAAGGCUCACUACAAAUAAUGAUCUAAAGAAGUUUUCAGAAGCUUUAUCUUCUAAUCCUCUACAUAUUUAUGUAAAAUUACAAAAGAUAAAAAAUGCAAUGGAUGCUGAAACAAUGCUUGUUGAUACUAUGUUGUCUAAACUAACCCUUUCGGAGAUUGUUGCUACACUGUACAAUAGCAAAUAUAGCUAUUUGGCAGAGAUAUUGUUCUGUUGUUAUCAACAAUGUCAACAGAAAGCAUCUAUAAUCCGUAUGAACAAGACUCAAACAGAAAACAGAAGAAAAAUAAGUUUAUAUUUUAGAGAUAUCAAGAAACUUGUACAUGAUAUAGCAUUUAAAAAUCCACAUGCAGAUGUUAAAAGACUCAGUAAUAUAAUGAAACAGAAUAUAGAAACAGAAACAAAUUCUGUUCGAAAGAUGUAUCUCUGUGACAAAUAUACUGCUCUAAAAGCAGCUGAAAUGGACGCUUUAAUCAAUAUCACUGGACGUGUAUCCCCUGAUCAUGAAGGCUAUGUUGAAAUGGAAUCUUUUAUAAAUAGUACAUCUGCUCCAUCUAUUUCCCAAGUUAUACUUUAUGGUCGUAAAGCAGACGUUCUCUCAACAGAUGGUCGUUUUACAGAAGGCGAGGAUUUACUUAGAGCAGCUUACGUAGCUGCCGACAAUAGCCUUCCAUGUGUCGAAAUAACGGACAUGAUAUAUAAAAAUGUUGUUUUUAAACUGUCUCAGUUUGAACAAUCGCAAACUGAGGAACUUCAAAAAUCUUUAUUUCUAGAAGCCAGUCGGGGAAUUUGGUCUUUAAAUGAUGAAUCAGAAGACAUGAGAAUAUUUUGGAAACGUUUGUUUAUUCUGAGAAUGUCAUUUUGUUUGUUAGGGAUAGGCAAACUUUGUGAUAUGAUUGAUAGCUAUGUGCCAUCUACAAAAUCCAUUACAGAGGCAGAACGGCUUUUAAAAUGUGAUGAUUUAAAAGAUAUGGAGCAUAGACGAAUGAUGUUUUAUCAUAUAGCCAAAUCUCGACUUCAUCAAUGGAAAAGCGAUGUAAAUGAGUCUAAAACAUGUCUCGAAAUGGCACGAGUACUUGCAAAAGAAGGAAAUUACGCCGAAGACAAAGCCCUAGAAAAAUAUCAAGAGACAAUAGGAUGUUUACAAGAAAGAUCGUAUACACCUGAAUGCAGUUCUUUUGAUUCUGUUUCUGAAACACCACAAAUUGUUGACGAUGUGCCAUCAGUAACAAUAAGUUUUAAUUCUUUAGAAUUUAUUAGUGAUAAACGGACAUUAUAUAGUCAAUGAAUUUUGUAAAUCUUUAAGAGUUUUAAAUUGUUGACAUUUUAUAAAAUAAGUAAACAUGACAUUAAACAUGCGACGGCAUACAUAUUACAGAAAUGUGAUAAGGAAAUGAUCUAAAAAUAUCAAAUGAUGAAAAUUAGACAACUUACUCAUUUUUUAUACGUAAAAGAAUACAGUCAACCAACACGGAUUAAUAUAAAGUACAAUCACAGAAAUUCUGAAGUCCGAGGAAAAUUCAAAA